CACUCGCACGGUAACUAAGCGCGCGCGCGUGUGUGAGUGUGUGUUUGAGAUUUACGUUUGAUUGUGCGCGUGCACGUCCCGAGUCGACAUGUCCCGGCUUCUGAUUCCGGUGCUCCUGUGCGGGGUGUGCGUGUGCGCGCGCGCCGUGCAGCAGCGGGACUACGGAGUGAAGCUGUGCGGGAGAGAGUUCAUCCGCGCCGUUAUCUUCACCUGCGGGGGGUCACGGUGGAGACGAGCCACUGACCAGGAGCUACCGGGACAGGAUCUGAACCUGCUGCUUUCUUACCGAAGCUCAUCAGAUGGAGACGAGCAACUCGGCUGGACAAAAAGCAGCGAUGCAGCUCCAGACAAACUAUCCUCCAUUCUCUCCUCCUCCUCCUCCUCCUCCUCCACCUCCUCUCUCAGUGACCUCCUCCAGGCCAUGGGAGCUCAGAGGAACACCAGAGACGAGUCUGAGGAGGUGCAGAGGAGCUGGCUGGACUUGCUCUUCUCCUCCAGGCCACUAGGGGGCGAACACGUCAGGAGUUUAGACCUCGACUGGCUUCGUGAGGACCGGAGGAGGCGUAACUACUCCCUCGGCCUGGCGGGGCUCUGCUGCAAUCAGGGCUGCACCAAGAACGACAUCGGACGCCUGUGCUGAGGAUGGAGGGAUGAAGCAGAUGAGUGCGGUCCAGGACUUUUACACACAGACGGACCUCUCAAUGCUGCUGCAGAAAAUGUCCAGUUUGUAAAUAUUGUGUAUGAUGCAACAAUAUCAAUGAACAAAAUAAAUGUAAGCAAAUAAAUAAAGAUUAUUGUCAGACA